UACCGAGCACUUUCUUCGUCUGUAAUAGGAUUUAUAGUCCAUUCUUGUGUUGAUGUGAUUGUGAGUGGCACAAAAGAAAGCCACAUAAUGGAAAAAUUCAAAUCGAAAGGAUGCUAUGCACUACUAAUGACCUUCGCCUUGAUAGCAGUCGGCAGUGCCUCGUUCAUCAAUCCCUAUGAGCAAUUCAUGAAACGUGGAAUGUACUCAGCUGAACCGCGCUUCAAAGGAAAUAAUGGCGAUCCUUUGUUGAUCACGCCUUAUCUGGAAGCUGGGAAGAUCAAGGAAGCCCAAACGGCAGCUCGAGUUAACCACAGCCGAAUCGUAGGUUUCGAAAGCUACACAGGAUUCUUCACCGUCGAUAAACGAUACAAUUCCAACCUGUUCUUCUGGUAUUUCCCAGCGAAGAACAACUCAGCCAACGCACCCGUGCUUCUCUGGCUGCAAGGAGGACCUGGGGCAUCGUCUUUGUUCGGUCUGUUCGAGGAGAAUGGUCCCUUCUUCAUAUCAAAGAAUCUGAAAGCCGUUCCACGACAGUACUCCUGGCACGUCAAUCACAAUUUGAUCUACAUUGAUAACCCCGUCGGGACAGGGUUCAGUUUCACAGAUAGCGACGAUGGGUAUGCGCGCAACCAAACUCAAGUGGGCGAGAAUUUGUACGAGGCGUUGAUCCAGUUCUUCCAGCUGUUUCCGGAGCUGCAGAAGAAUCCAUUCUACGCGAGUGGCGAAUCGUACGCAGGGAAGUAUGUUCCGGCCAUUGGUCACACCAUUCACAAGAAGAAUCCCAGUGCGAAGAUCAAGAUAAACCUGCAGGGAAUGGCCAUCGGUAAUGGGUACAGCGAUCCGCUGAAUCAACUCGACUACGGAGACUACUUGUAUCAGCUGGGAUUGAUCGAUAUCAAUGCGAAGGAGAAGUUCGAUGAAGAUGAGGCGGCUGCGGCGGAGUGUGUCAAGAAGAACGAUUAUCAGUGCGCUUUCAAGAUUAUGGACGAGUUGUUGAAUGGGGACGAUGUAGGUGCUUCGUACUUCAAGAAUAUCUCCGGGUUCAACACGUACUACAACUACCUACACACGGCGGAAGACCCAACGGAUCAGUACUAUCUGAUAGGAUUCCUGCAACUUCCGGAAACUAGACGGGCGAUCCAUGUGGGAGAUUUGCCGUUCCAUGACUUGGACAGCGAGAACAAGGUGGGAAAGUACUUGCAGCAUGACAUCCUGGACUCGGUGGCCCCGUGGAUUGUAGAGCUCCUCUCCCACUACCGGAUGAUGAUCUACAACGGCCAGUUGGAUAUCAUUUGUGCCUAUCCGAUGAUGGUGAACUAUUUGAAAAAUCUGACCUUCGAUGGAGCAGAUCAGUACAGAACUGCCAAACGGUACAUGUUCAGCGUGGACGGUGAGAUUGCUGGGUACUACAAGUUGGUUAACAAUCUGUUGGAGGUGCUUAUCCGAGACGCUGGCCACAUGGUUCCCCGGGAUCAACCCAAGUGGGCGUACGUUAUGAUUAAUACGUUUACGACUGCCACGAAUUUUAUGCUAGAUGAUUGAAAAAUAUAAAA